AUGGCGACGGGAGGAGACCAGCAAGCGCGGCCGGCGAGCUUAGCAGCGGUGCAUUCUCUGCCCGUUAAGACGACAUUUCGGGGCACAACGGACGUUGUAGAGAACUUCUCGCGGCACAUUGUGCGCACGGAGGGUGGGGAGCUGCGCAACCGACUGCGUGGUCGCACACUCAUUGGCCGAGAGGUCAUUUUGCCGCCGUCUUACGUUCUUGCGUGCGUGAGUUUUGUGCCGCGGCGGCAGCAGCAGCAGCAGGGGACGGAAGCGGCUGGGCGUUUGGCCUUCUCGGCGCCGCCGUCGGCUCAGAUGGAGGCCUCGGCCGCGGACGUUCGCGUUACCGCCACUGCGGAUAGCCUUUGUGUUUGGGAGCACGACAAACCGCCCGAGCGUGCGGAGGCGCUGGGGCAUUGGCUAGAACUUUCCCAUGCCAUACACUGUGCUCCAUAA